ACAAUCCAUAAUCCACAAUCCACAAUCCACAAUCUACAAUCCACAAUCAUAAUCCACAAUCAUAAUUCACAAUACACAAUCUACAAUUCACAAUCCAUAGAUCCCGAAUGUUAGAUGAGUGGCAUGAGGAGAAAAAGGUGAAACUAGCAGCGGUGGAAUUUACUGAUUACGCUGUAGUGUGGUGGGAUCAGCUUGUGCUUAGUCGACGUAGAAAUCGAGAGCGUCCUGUUGACACUUGGGAAGAGAUGAAGGCUGUGAUGAGAAAACGGUUUGUUCCUAGUCACUACUACCGCGAUCUCUAUCAACGACUACAGGGCCUUACUCAAGGGUCCAGAAGCGUUGAGGAUUAUCACAAGGAGAUGGAAAUCGCAAUGGUUAGAGCGAAUGUCGAAGAGGAUAGAGAAGCAACAAUGGCCAUGUUUCGUUUUAAAGGCUGUUUUCCAUUCAUCUCCUUUCUUCAUCCUAAUCUGAUGAUAUCCACUAACCUGAUUUAGCUUUCCUGAGUUUAAAAAUCCCUUGUCGUGCUGUGGGUCUCAUUGUUCUCUUUGGGGUUCUCAUCACCGAAUCUAUCACAAUACCAACAACUCAGCCCUCACAAGAGUUAAUCAUACAGCCAAGACAACAAAGAAACCGUUCCAAAAAUAACCAUUUUAAUAAUAU